GCACAGCGGACACUGAAAUACCUCCACCAGGACUUGCAGCCUCUCGCUUUGCUGUGAGAUAUUCAAAUUCUGCUUGUAAUCUCAAGAACUUGCACUUAAAGCUGUUUUUUUUUUUUUCUCUUCUCGUUGGAUUAAUUUUUUAUGGUUUUGUGCGGAUUUACGAUGGAGAAUUAAAAUGGUGAGGAAGAAAAAGCUGCUGGUGUUUGAAAUUUGUGGAAGCAUGAUGUGGGAUGGAUAAACAACAACAAAACUCUGAUAUGGCCUCUAAUGACCGUGACCUUCCUGACCUCUCUGGUGACCCCCAGCCGGGUGACCUCAUUGAGAUCUUCAGACCAGCCUAUCAGCACUGGGCUCUCUACUUGGGAGAUGGUUACAUCAUCAACUUAACUCCUGUUGAUGAGACCCAGGCAGCUGCCAUGUCCAGUGUGAAAUCUGUCUUCAGCAGGAAGGCGGUGGUGCGCAUGCAGCUUCUGAAGGAGGUUGUGGGAAGUGACUCCUACCGUGUCAACAACAAGUACGACCACAACCACACACCCCUUCCUGUCUCUGAAAUCAUCCAGCGAGCACAAGUCCUCAUUGACCAGGAGGUGUCUUACGACUUGCUGGGGAGCAACUGCGAGCACUUUGUUACCCUUCUGCGCUACGGGGAGGGGGUGUCUGAGCAGGCUUCACGGGCCAUUGGGGCCAUCAGUUUGGUGACGGCAGCAGCCAGUGCCUUCUCUGUCCUGGGACUGAUCAACACACGAUCCAGAAACAGACCUUUCUGACAGCUGUGGUCUUCACUGAAGAGUGUUUUCACCCAAAAUUCAUUUGGCUGUGAUUAAAAAAAAAAGAAA